CCCGCGGGGCGGAGCGCGCCGGGCCGGCCAUGGCGGGCCCGCGGCUGGAGCCCGAGCUGGCCAGGCAGCUCUUUUUCGAGGGCGCCGCGGUCGUGGUGCUGGGAGUGCCCGAGGGCACCGAGUUCGGCAUCGACUACAGCAGCUGGGCCGUGGGGCCGCAGUUCCGCGGCGUCAAGAUGAUCCCGCCGGGCCUGCACUUCCUGCACUGCAGCGCGGGGCGGGCGGGCGGCGGCCGGGAGACCGGCCCGCGUACCGGCCUCUUCCUCAGCCUGCAGCGGCGGGAGGUGCGGGUGCUGCGCUGGGACGCGGCCAGCGAGGCGCUGGGGCCGGCGCCGCCCGCCGCGGGGCAGGCCGAGGCCUUCCGAGAGAACCUGCGGGAGAUGGACCCUUUCCUCGGGCCCUACCCCUACGAGACCCUGAAGAAGUGGGUGUCCCUCACCAGCUUCAUCAGUGAAGCGGCCGUGAAGGAGCUGCAGCCGGAGAGCGGGCAGAUCUGCGCCUUCUCGGAGGUGCUGCCGGUGGUGGCCGGGCGGCACAGCCGGGACCGGGCGGAGCAGCACCUGCCGCCCGUGCACGCCGAGUGCCGCAGCUACGCCGAAGGGCUGGCGCGGCUGCCGCUCAUGGAGCCGAAAGCCGGCACCGAGAUCAGGUUCACGGAGCUGCCGAAGCAGAUGUACCCUGAGGGUGCCACUCCGGAGGAGAUCACCAGGCACAGCCUGGACCUGAGCUACGCUCUGGAGAAGGUGAUCAACCAGCGGUACGCCAGCCAGCCCCUGGGUCUGCUGGCUGAGUUGCAGUUUGCUUUCAUCUGCUUCCUGAUCGGGAAUGUGUAUGAUGCCUUUGAGCACUGGAAAAGACUCUUAAACAUCCUGUGUCGAUCUGAAGAUGCCAUAGGGAGAUAUCAAGACCUUUACAUCAAUCUCAUUUCUGUGCUGUAUCACCAGCUCAGUGAAAUACCAGCUGAUUUUUUUGUGGACAUUGUCUCCCAGGACAACUUUUUAACCAGCACAUUACAGGUGUUUUUCUCCUACACGUGCAGUUCUGCUGUUGAUGGGACCCUAAGGAAAAAGGCUGAAAAAUUCAAGGCUCACCUAACAAAGAAAUUUAAAUGGGACUUCGAGGCAGAGCCUGAUGACUGUGCCCCUGUGGUGGUAGAGCUACCUGAGGGCGUGCAAGUGGACUAAGCAAGAUACUCAGAAACAAAAAACUUUGGAAGUAACUCUUUCUCCACAUCUUGUCCAACCUUGCCAGCUUCCUAAAGUCAGUUUCUGAAGACAACUCCUCUUUCUGCUGUAGAAGCAGAUGUGGAAAACCCAGGAGGAUUCCUGACUUUGUGAGGAGACCAGAAUUAUUGGAGGAGUUCGAAUAAUCAUGCAGCUACUUUGGACACCUUGGUUUUUCUCCUAGCUCUUCUGCAGGAUCUCCUUAUUCUGUCCUCAGCUGACCUCCACAUUCCUGGUCCCUUCCAUCCUCCUGGGCUGGAGGUGACACCCUCUUUGGACAAGCAUCUGUUGUUUACACUUGAAGCCUUUGCUGCUUUGAUUUGAUGCCUUCUGAGCAAGGAGUGUAGGCCCACCUGACUGGUCAUGGCAGCUUCUGACAGCCUGAAGCCAGGCUGUGGAUGGAGAAGUUCUGCUCUUCCAGGGCUUGCAUUACAGCCAUGGUACCACAACUUUCAAAAUGGUGUUGGGUGCUUCUGUUGCUUACUAUGAUUUAUUGCAAUGAUGUCUUGUGGAGGAGGACUCUAGGCCAUAGCAAAAUGUUUCCCACAUCAUACCACUAAUACUGAGUUAUCUUACUCCUCCUAUUUUGUAAAAAGCCUUUUGUGUAUCCCACUGACACUCUUUGUAGCCUGGUGGAAAAGAAAGUUAACAGUUUGGUAACAGAAAGUAGAGUUACUGGACAGUAGUUACCCAGGCCUUGAAGAAGAGAGCCAGCAGGAGAUCAUGAGAUAAAAGGUCAGAUUUCCACAUGACCUGCAUCCUCUGUUUUGCUGUAACUGGAAAUCUUGUGUAUUUUCAUUGGUAAUAAUCUUCUUUCUCCUCAUUUCCCACAGGCUAUAAGGCUAUAAGAAAACCUGUGGUGCUUGUUCAGAGCUACACAAAGACUUAGUUCUACCACUUGUUACUUUCUCAGCUGUUAGACUCCUUCAGAAAUUUGUCUAAAAAGAUAAUGCUGUUUGUUAGUCUUUUAUAGUUAAAAAUAAAUCUCAAUGAGAAUCUUGCCCACAGAAAA